GUAGCUCCACUCGCACGACCACUACUCUGCGAUAAGUACAAGCAAUUUCAAGCAUAAUCAAUCAAUAUGCAUAACGACCUUGGAAAAGAUCCGCCUGGGGCUUCUUAGCACUAUCCCUACGAGCACUACCUGGAGACAUUGAGAACUCGGGCGAACGCAAACCAUUGAGCAUCUCCGGGGCGCAGCACGACCGCCGAGUACUCGGCAAAUGACUGCACUUAUGAAGACACCAGGGAGGUGCUGACAACCUUACGCCCUCAAGAAGACUUUGAGUUGGGUGAAGGAUCACCAGACUCAAAGUGACGGCUUGCGCAAGAAAAGUGACGGCUCGGAGCUGUGUGAACAGUGACGGAGACUGAGUGGUCAGCCAAGAUUCCGACAUCGACCUUGGCUGGGCCUCUCAAAUCACUGGCGAAAGGGUCUGGACUGUGAACGAACAACACCGCCGUGAUGGUAUUCGAACCUAUAGUCGAGGCCGCCAGGCGCCUCGGUCAGGUCGACCCACGAAAAUGGAGAAAGCUGCAUUUCAACUUUAUCACAUGUCACUAUAUGUAUCUGGUGAGCAUGACCAUCAUUGGCUCGAUCAUUCUGUAUCCAAAAGCGGGACUAUUGCCAUAUAUCGAUGCCCUCUUUUUCGCCGCCGGCGCCUCGACGCAGUCCGGCUUAAACACAGUCGAUGUGAACAACCUUUACUUGUAUCAGCAGGUCACACUCAUGUUGAUCGCUUGUGUUUGCAAUCCGAUCUUCAUCAACUCCGCAGUCGUCUUCGUGAGGCUUUACUGGUUCGAGAAGCGUUUCCACAACUUGGUAAAAGAGGUGCGGGAGCAGCGGCGUUCAAGAGCGAAGACCAUUACCCGCACAAAGAGCGAAAUGCGUAACAGCGCGGACCUUGAUCGGUUAGAGAAGGGAGUCAAUGGACGGGAGAUCAAGGUUCUGCACGACGCUACGAAGGUCAAUGGCGACGAGGAUAUCAAUGCGGGGUUGACCGACUUACAGAAGGACGUCGCGAAAAAGCUAAAUGACAACCAUGCGCUGGACAGCGAAUCGGUGACGCCGAGGAGUAGCAACCGACAUAGCGAUCAAAGCGACGAGAUACCACCAGAUCAACUAGACCAUGUGGGUGAGCGUGAGCACCCGAAUACGCCUGCCGCGACAUACCUCGGAAUGCCGCCACGCCUGCACCGCGACAUUACGUUCGCAGACGAACUGCCUGCGCCUGGCUCUGACAAGACGGAAUCGAUGCCAGCGCCAAUACGCGACGGAGACGACAUGGACAAGCACAUAUUGUUCCUUGAGCGGCAGCGAGGUGCUGCAAAGGAAACGAAUGCCCUUCGAAUACCUGGUCCGCGAGAUGUUGACCUCGGCGCUGUGCCACAAGAACUUGAGGCCGGUGAUUUGCGGCGACCACAAACUCGUGGCUCGGCAACUCAAGGCUUCGCCGAUACGGAGCGCUCCACUCGCAGUGUGGACGGACGAAGCGAUGAGGUGACCAUCAAUCAGCACCCACGGCGUGGUAUUACCAUCAACGAACCUCAACAUCCUGGCCACCACCGCCGUGACAGCGAAUCUGUGAGUGGCAGCCACUUCGACGGUGUUCGGGAUAGAGUGGGCAGAGUACUAAGCGGAAUCUCGCAACGCCAUAAUAGAUCGCGGGGUCCACCGGUUCUUACUGGCGUUCGCCGUACCGUGACACAAACGCUAAGCAGUCUCACCACUGCGCGUAGCCGGGAGAGAGACGACGAUCCCAUGCCAUAUCUGAGCUGGCAGGCUACCACAGGACGCAACAGUGCCUUCCUUGGCUUGACGCCAGCCCAACGCGAAGAGCUCGGUGGCAUUGAGUAUCGAGCCCUGAAGACACUCGCAAAGAUCCUGAUCGCCUACUUCGUUGGCUUUCACGCACUCGGUAUGGCGGUAUUACUGCCCUGGAUAAUGCACACCCAACCAUGGAAAUCAUACGUGCAGUCAGUCGGACAGGAUGCCGGCUGGUGGGGCGUAUUCACGCCUGCAUCAAUGUUCAACGAUCUUGGUUACACCAUCACGCCCGACUCAAUGAUAAGCUUUCAGACAGCGGUUCUCCCACUCCUGUUCGGUUCCUACCUCAUCAUCAUUGGCAACACAGGCUUCCCGUGCAUGCUGCGAUUUACCAUAUGGGUUGCAUCGAAAUUGACUGCUCAUGGCAGCGCGACGUGGGAGGAGCUGCGUUUCCUGCUCGACCAUCCCCGACGGUGUUUCACGCUACUAUUUCCAUCAAGGGCUACUUGGUGGCUAUUCUGGAUCCUCGUCCUGCUGAACGGCAUUGAUCUCGUAUUCUUCAUCAUCUUGGAUCUGAACGACACCACCGUUACAUCGCUGGCUCCAGGCUUCCGUGUGCUCAACGGUUGGUUCCAAGCCGUGUCCACGAGGACAGCCGGUUUUGGUUGCGUCAACCUCGCCAAUCUCCAUCCUGCAAUCCAGGUCAGCUAUCUGAUCAUGAUGUACAUCUCCGUAUUUCCGAUCGCCAUUUCGGUGCGCCGAACCAAUGUGUACGAAGAGAAGAGUCUGGGAAUCUGGGGAGGUGAAGAGGAAGACGGCGAAGGUGGAGAGCAGAGCUACGUGGGCCAGCAUCUGCGACGACAGCUCAGCUUCGACUUGUGGUACGUGUUCUUAGGCUUCUUCAUCAUCUGCAUCGUGGAGGGUGGACGCUUGGAGAAUACUAACGACUACGGUUUCACCAUGUUUUCCGUGCUGUUUGAGAUCGUGUCGGCGUACGGUACGGUGGGCUUGAGCUUGGGGUAUCCAACCAUCAAUGCGAGUUUCUCGGCGGAGUUCAAGGUCAUCAGCAAGCUUGUCAUCAUCGCUAUGAUGCUCCGAGGCAGGCAUCGUGGGCUCCCGUAUGCACUAGAUCGUGCUAUCUUGUUGCCCUCGGACAACCUACAUAAGAAGGAUGAUGAGAUUGCAGCACUGAGUCGGCGACGCAGCUCGAUCUUCAAUACUACUGGGUCGUGGCAGGAGGGCGAUCUCGAUGAGAUGGGUUUGCCGAAGCAACAUCCAGGUGGCCAAACGACUGACGCAGCUAUGACUGCUGGAGCAGGUGGGUUUGACAGCCCGGAUGGCAUGAGCAGGACGCGUAGACGCCCCAGUGCAGUCACUACAGCAAGCCAGGCUAGUGAUCGUGAUGUCCACCACCAGCGACUGCGCCGCCCGCAAGACCGAAGGAGGAGUGUUGGGGCGUUGCUAUCGAGCGGAUUGAGCGCCGGGCCGACCUGGUCGAGAUCGGACUAGCUGCGAGCUAGAAUGUGCUAUAUGAUGAGCGUUCUGAGCGUUUUGAGCGUCUAACGACAUGGCGUCGGUACAAACGGGUACAUACCCUACAGAGGGACAUGGACAGCCACAAGGGUAUGAUGAAGCAUUGAAUCCGUGAAUUGCCCAUUGCGCCCUGUACACAUUAAUCCAAACCCCCUAUGAUUAUGACCAAAGCAUUCCUCCA